CCAGAAACAGUUUGGUGUGUGUGACGGCAGUCGGACCAAACACACGGCGGAAUCGAACUAUGAUGAUGAAACACCGGUAAUAUCUCAGAGUUAAAGUGGACCGUGAACCAUGAAAGUUGCUGCUGUGGCUUUUUUCGGCUCGGCUUUGGCGCUGCUUGCAGUCGGCCUGCGAGAGUUGCUGACAGGCUUCGAGGAGAACAGAUGCAGUAUGACCUACAUGUUCGAGUAUCCAGAGUACCGGUGGGUAACUCUGCCUCGCCGCGUAUCCAGACUGUACCCGGCCUACGGGCUCUACCUGUAUGGAGAGGGUCUGUACGCCCAGGAGACCCGGGCCCUCAAACUCACCGGAGCCCCCGUGCUUUUCCUUCCUGGAAAUGCAGGCAGUUAUAAACAAGCUCGUUCUCUGGGUUCGGUGGCCUUGAGGAAAGCUGAAAACAUGGACGGUGGUGUCCACUUGAAUGUGUUCACUGUGGAUUUUAACGAGGAACUGGUGGCCCUGUAUGGAGGCAGUCUGCGCAGUCAGACACACUUCCUGCACGAAUGCAUUAAGGCCAUCCUGCGACUCUACAAGCACCUUGAGAGCCCACCUAAGAGUGUAGUGUUGGUGGGCCACUCCAUGGGAGGAGUGGUGGCCCGGGCGCUGUUCACUUUGCCUCGCUUCAACACACAUCUGGUCAGCCUCAUCAUCACACAGGCCUCCCCUCAUCUGGCCCCUGUGCUGGCCCUGGAUCCAUACCUGCUGAGUUUCUACUUCUCAGUGAGACAUCAUUGGGUGAAUUACGCCGACAACCUCAGGAACGUCACCGUCCUCUCUGUUGGGGGUGGUUACCGUGACUACCAGGUCCGCUCGGGUCUGAUAUCCUUACCUUGUGCUCCAGGAGAUCCAAACAAGUUGUCACUCGUGGUGACUGCAGUUCCCAGGACGUGGGUGUCCACAGACCAUCUGUCCAUUGUUUGGUGCAAAGAACUUGUUCUUGCUACAGUCCGAGCGUUUUUUGACCUCAUUGAUCCUGAAACCAAACAGUUCUCUGAAAAUCCAGAGAAGAGAAUUGCUGUUUUCAAUCAUCAUUUCAUCAGACACCCUGUCAGGAUGAUGGGAGACACUCACCUGGUCUCCAUCUUAGAUUUUCCUGAAGUACAGAGUGAAACCAACACCCUGCGUUUCAGUUACACCACACCCAAGGAAGGACAGGUCAAACACUUCAAGUUUGUUCUGUCAAGUCGCAGGAAAGUGUACAGCCAUUUCUACUGUAGGAGCAGCAACCUGGAGAUGACCAGCUGGGUGUACGGGUGCACGCAGAGGAAUGGUUCCUCGUGUGUGCAUGCAGUGGAUCUGUCCACAGCAACUGAGCUUCUGCCACCAUACAAGGUCCUGAUUCUGAGUCUGAGUGACUUGUCUGCAGUUACUCACCUGGUUGUCUCUGCCUCCAACACCAAUGGCAAACAGUUCACAGUGGAGUGUGAAUGGCAGAGGCAGCAGAUUCAGACUCUGUCCAUCCCAGUACCACAUGUCCUGUCGUUUGGCUUGACUGUCAGUGAAGUCAUGGUCAACUCGUCUGGUCUUCUUCACACUGUUGUGUUACAACACUUUCACCAGGUCUAUCAGGCUUUCACUAUUACUGUCACAAGUCACUGCAACAUACCUAAAUACAGGUUGGCCAACGUGUACAGAAUCAGAGUUCCGUGGUUUCGGGAGGACUCCUUAAGCACAGUCAGUGUUCCAUCAGUCACUGAAAUCUCAGGUAUGCUCCACACCAGUCGUCCAGACAACACCUCAAGUGUCCUCCUUCAGCUCCACACUGCCCCCAACUGCCAGUAUAAGGUGUCAGUGAGGACUUCCUUGCCCAGAGUUCUAGGACAGAUUUUGAGGUUCGGUGCUCCGAUGGUGCUGGUGUACACAACUGUAACUCUGCUGCUGGCCUGCAGGGGGCAGCUGUCCUCCAUCCUGAGGUCAAGCCGACUUACAAGCCUGAGUAGGCUGGUGGCCAAAAGCCUGCAGCCUCAUCAAGUAAACCUGCCUGUUUAUAUUCUGCACAUCCUGAUUAGUUCUACGUGGUUUCAGGAGGCGUGGUCUGUUCUUUCUCUCCCCGCUGUGGAAACCGUACCCCCAACCUUUCCCGAUGGGUCUUUUCAGGAAGGUGUUGCAGCACCUGUUGAAGAGUGGCCUCACCUGCUGUCCCCACUGCUGUACGUGUUUGGAGCAGCUGUGGCUUUCUGGGGCAGCAUUCUGCUCUCUGCCCUUACACACCUGAUCUCCCUCAGUUUAACUCUGCUGCACAGACCUUCUGUGUCUAGAGACUGCGGCACGCUGUCCCUGCAGACCCAGCUCCUCUUCACACUGUCUUUGACUGUUGUGGGCGGGAUUUCCUGCGGGGCAGUGGCAAUCUUUGGUGCUUUCCUGCUUCACUUCUAUCGGGUGUUAAGACUACAGAUGACUGACAGGUCUUUGAGCCACAUGCUGAAUUUGGCCCCACAAAGGCACAAAGAAAACGAGAAUGGCGCACUGGAUGCAGAGGUGCUGAAUAAAUCUAACGAAUGCAAUGGUGCCCCCCUACUGUCUGAAGGUGCGGUGCAGGAGGUGAAGGAUGACCUCUGUCUCCACCUCUGCUUGUCUGCACUCUUCACUGUACCCGUCAUGCUCAGCACACCCUCCUUCAUCCAUUGGAUCCGCAACCUGAGGUACUCCACCCAACUGGAUCCUGAUCCGUGCUGGCCACACACGGUGCCUCUCAUUUUGGUAUACAUGCUGCUCAUUAACUGCAACACUGAAAAACUCAGCCACAGUAAGCUUCUGCCUGUGGCGUCUUGCCUCCCGUUUCCGUUGGCCGUGGCUAUGGUGAGCUUCUCUCCGCUGCACCUCUACAGAAUCACCUACUUCCUGUUGGCAGUGUUCGUCCCUCUGGCCGUGUGCUGUCUGCUCUGAUGGCAUUUGGCUGUUUUCAGAUUCCAGUUGCACCACAACAAGUCUGGUGUAAGUUACAAGCUGACUUGCUGAAGCUGUGUUGUGUCUCGCCGGGCAACACGUUCAUCGUACGUCAUCUUUCCGCUGUGGAGCAGAGCCCUAGACAGGCAUAGUUUGGAAAACUGGCCGCUUAGUGUUGGCACUAAAAGCUCCGUGGCAGUUCCACUGUGUUUUGAGAUAACGGCCUUGGAUGGUUUGGUGCGACUGUUGCUCUGUUGUUUUGACAUUAAACCAACUUUGCCUUACUCUGUGUAGCUGUAACUCUGCCUUCGGUGAGCAAGUCGUGAGCUUCGACAUUUGAAACAGGGUGUUGAUGUUAGUCUGUGUUAGAUUUUGGUGCCUGUGGUGUUACGCUGUCAUCACUCUCACUGUAGACUACGCUGCCUGUGGCUUAGCGACGCUUUAUAGAUGAGUGGUGAAAAUGUUACUGGCUGUCAUAACACUGCCACACCACCAGGUGGCAGUCUUUAUUGCUUUAAAAAUACUGCAAAGUAAUCACGUUUACAUCGUGUCAUAUUCACUUUGGAUAAAUCACAACUAACAUACAGGUGAUAAAGUGAAGUUUUACACUAUCAGAUGUGGAAGUUUUUGGACAAGUGUUUGUCCUGGUGAAGGUGACUCUACAUUUUCGUUCGACACCCGUAGUGAUAUAAAUGCAUGGAUAUGCCCCGCCCUGCCAGACACCAAAAUGGAGAUGAGGGAGGAGUUAGUGCAACCCAAUUAGCUUGUGUCAACAAUAACCUGAAAACACUGAAUGUAUGAGAAAAAACUCCACUGCAUCAGGUGAACUUUGAUGGACAAGAUCAAUCAAAAGACCAACUUUAUUUUGCCUACAUAAUAUCCUGUAGACAUGCUGCCACCUGCUGGAUGAUUAGUG